AUCCGCUCGGCCAGGACAUGGCGCAGAGCAUCCUAGGUCCCCUAAAGGGCAUCAAGGAUUCAAGGUGGCAAAAGGCAAUGUGGUCCACUUACCGUGGAGUUGUGGCAGAUGAGCUUCUCCAGGUGGGGGCGGAGGUGGAGGAGGCCCCUGGCGGCGGAGGUGGACAAGUCGCAGCCCCGGAGCUCCAGCGACCGCAGCCUCUCGAACGGCAGCAGAUUGAUGGGCGUGGGAUCCCGAGCAGGGGAUUGCACAAGCGACACGACCUUGACACUGGCCAGCAGCCCAAGGACACGGCGGAGCAGCUCUAGAGCCCGGUGGUCGCCAAGGUCCGCGAUGUAAGCGCGCAGGUAGUCCACGGGCGCCGCCGUGUGCAGCUGCUCCAGCUCCUGCAGCGAAUCCAGCCGCGCCUGGAGGUAGUGCAGGCCCAGCGGGUUGAGCUUGAGCACCCGGCUCCCGUCCAGCAGCGCCGCGACGUUCUCCUCCACGAAGCGCGCCAGCAUGUCCAAGUACCUGUCGCCCGUCACGAUCUCCAUGGCCGCAGGCAGGGCGGCCUGGAAGCCCGACCUAAGAGAAGCGAAUAUUCCACCGGGGCAAGGGUCGUGGCCGUUUGACGAGUCAACCACAAGCGCUUGACACGCGGAGUCUUACUUUUGGAGGGCGUCGCCAAUCGCCAUGGCGGGAGACGACGACGCCGCAAAUGUUCGUGUCAGGCUGCUCGUCAGGGCGGUCCCGGUUCGGAAUUACCUGGAGGAUAAUGUUGUGCCCUUGCUCAUGCAAGGGAUGCAAAGCUUGAUUGUGGAUAGGCCUCCCAACCCGGUUGGGUACUUGGGUGAGUUUCUGGUGCGGAAUGACCCCAUGAGACCACCAGAACCCGAGAAGAAGACAGAAUGCGAGCACUGCGCACACUCUCCGCCGCCGCUGCCGACUCCUCCAGCUACAGAGGCUCCCAAGACAGACGAAGCUACCCCGGACGGAGACUCCGCAGCAGCACCACCAGCAUAAAUAACGUUCAGCCUAGUCGUCGUCCCCAUGAAAAUACAAUUCCCUUGUACGAUGCCGUACGGAGCCGUGUGCCUCUUGACGUGGCGCCAAACAUUUAAACAUUUGAAGUCGCGCC